CAGUAGUAGUUAGUACCCAACUGAUAUGGGUUGGAGCUAGAGGUCCCGGUGAGUUGCGUCCGCUCCGCGUUCCUUGAACACUCCUCCACCGUGCUUUCUCUCUUCGCUUUCCCCCGAGCUUUUACUUCGCGGAAAAGCUCGCUAGUUUACGUUCGAGUGUCUCGCAUCUCGUCUCAAAAACUUUGGUUGUCAUCGGGUGCGCUAACCCUAUUCGCGCUCGGUCGCAGCCCCGCGUCUUAUCGAACGAAUCGUGUCUCCCCUCGGAGCGGCUAAACUUUGAGCUUUAGCACAUGUGUUUCCACCGCCGCUCACUUCCUGUGCCGUGCUGUGAUUGAUAGAAACUUGUGUUAUCGCUGUCUGUGUGUGUGUGCACCGUGCUUUCCAGCUUCCCGCUUCGGUAAUUUGUUUACAUUUUUUUCGCGUGUGUGGAGUAUUCACCCCCAAGUCACUGGAUUACUCUGCAGAUAUAUACCCGUGUUUUGAUUGUUUUAAAGAAUGCUCUGUUCUUUGAAAUUGUGCUCUGUGGAUUUUACUAACUGUCUGGCUGUUUUCAAGUGUUCUAUCUACCGCUCCAUUUCUACAUCACUUUCUACGUUCUCAUGAUCUGCGCGAUGUCAGAGCGGGACAUAGCAGGGGUGAUUUUCAUGCCGAAGACGCAGCUGCACCACAACGGCGGGAGCGGGGGUGGCGGGGGAGGGGGCGAGCAGUUCGACGCCGCCAUGUCCGACGACGUCGACUCCGAGGUGGAGGACGCCCCGGACGCCCUCGACGCCCCCGACGCCCCCUCGCUCUCCGUCUUCGAGCAGCACCUGAGCAUGGACGCCCCCGGGAGCAAGCGCAACAAGCGGAAGAACUUCAAGCCCCGCAGCAUCUUCCUCACGGAGCCGACGACCAACUUCCCCUACGCGGAGAACAGCGACGACCACGCCAGCGACGAGGAACCCGAGGCGCCCGCCGAGAGCGACGCCCUCGACCUCACGGGCGCCAUCGUCCGCGGCGCCAAGAAGUUCAAACUGGCGCCCACCCCGCCGCCCAAGGCGCCCACCCCCAAGACCGGCUUCACGAUCGAGGACCUGACGAACCAGAACGUGGCGGCCGCGGCGACGCCCAUGGACUUGAGCACGAGCGACGGGGCCGCCUCCCGGCGCUGCGACGAGUACUCCGACUCGAACUCCUGUGAUAGCGAGCCAGCUAGUUCGACCAAAGAAAGGGGCGCCCACCCGACGUCCCCGCCGGCGCCCACCCCGCCGCAACAGAUGUUCCUCAACCAGCCCGCGGACGCCUCCGACCUCAAGGAGUACGUCAAGGAGCUCCUCCAGAUCUACGUCGGGGAUGCCUCCGACGUGGCCGACUGCAUCGACAAGAGCGUCCCCAUGUCGAAUUUCUCGUCAGGUAAAAUUCUGGAGACCCUCUCGGCGCGAGCAGCAGCAGCAUCCGGGCUCCGGAGUCAGAUGGCCCUGCCCGGAUCCCCCUUCAGUCUAGCAGCUCUCCAACAGCAGCAUCAACUUCUGCAGCAGCACCAGCAGCAGUUGCAGCAGCAGCAGAGUCUCCAGAAGUCCGGCUCCACGGCCACGCCUAGUCCCACUAGUAAUUCCAGCACCAACACUAUCGUCAUAUCCACCGACUCGCCUAGGAACAAAUUAUUUUUAGAUAACUGCCGCCCCAAAGAAAACUCUACUCCAGUCAAUAGUGUUAAGAAUUUUGCAAAUUUUUCAUUAUCCCUGUCAGAAAUAGUCAAAGCUGGUGGCCUGUCACCGAUUGUAGAUAGUCCGUCCACACCUGGUCCGUGCAGUAGUCAGCAGCAGCAGCAGCUACGGCAGAGCAACAGUCCUCAGCACCACUUGAACCGGGAGGGUCGGAGUGCCAUGCCAGUUGACUACUCUCGUUACGUGAGGCGUUUCGGCAGUUCCAUGGAAUGCGGAGCUCCUCAUUGCAAAGAUCUCAAUUAUCGGGAACACUUCCACUGUUUGGAUUGUAAUUCUCGUGUUUUCGUGAAAAAAGAAGAAAUGAUCAGGCAUUUCAAAUGGCAUAAGAAAAGAGACGAAUCCCUGCAGCACGGAUUCAUGAGAUACUCCCCAAGCGAUGAUUGCUCUAACAGAUAUCCAGGAUGCACUCAUAAUCGCAAACAAACGCAUUAUCAUUGUAUUCAGGGAAAUUGUGAUAAAGUAUACAUUAGCACUUCUGACGUUCAAAUGCAUGCAAAUUAUCAUCGGAAAGAUUCAGCAAUCAUCCAGGAAGGCUUCCAGCGUUUGCGAGCAACAGAAGAAUGCCGAACAUCAUAUUGUGCAUUUUUUGGUCAGAAAACAACGCACUUCCACUGCCGAAGGGAUCAUUGUCAGUACACCUUUAAGAACAAGGCUGAUAUGGAAAAACACAAAACAUAUCACAUCAAAGAUGAACAACUAGCUAAAGAUGGAUUCAAGAAAUUCCUCAAACCGGAUCCUUGUGGUUUUUCGAACUGUAAAUUCUCACAAGUUAUCAAUCACAUUCACUGCGUAAGAGAUGGCUGCUCCUAUGUCUUACACUCAAGCGGUCAGCUACUAAGUCACAAACGCAAGCAUGAGCGCAAGGAUAGUGAGAUAGCAUAUCGCAAAUUUAAAUUAGCGCAGCAAGCUGUAAUUAAUAUAGCAAAUAAUGAACAAAUUAGCCAAAGUUCCGAUUUAUCACCGAGUAGUGCAUUACAAUUUUUCCACGCAGGACAUUCUUUAGGUGCAUUAGGUGGUCCUACUGCUGACUGCAGUUUAAGUAAUAGCUCAAGUGACGGUGGUAGAAUGUCCCCACCGUCUUUAACAAUGUGUCUAAAACAGAGCGUAUCUCCUGCAACCUCCGCUCAUCAGCAAAAGUACAGUUCAGGAUUCUUCAGAGACAAUGGAGCAGCCUUAGAUCUUAGUAAUGAAGACCAACAAGAACUGUGGCCUCGGUAUUUGAGGCAUUUCGACAGUUUUCAAACGUGUGAUGCCGGCAGCAAAUGCUUGUAUCAUGAAUUUGAUCAUUUUCACUGCACUGAUCCAUCAUGUGAAAUGCCAUUUAGAAACAAAGAAGGUGCUGAAAAUCACGCCAGAGUCCAUGAUACUCAAGAAAGGUUUAAUGAAAGUUUCGAUCAAGAGGAUUGUCAUGACUCCAACUGCAUGAAGGAAAAACAUUUUCACUGCACCUGGGAUGGUUGCAAUGAAGCUGUUUUGCCUGCUGACAGCAUAGAACAUUUUCGAAAUCACGAAUUAGCUGGUUAUAACAUUAACUCUCUUGAUGCACUUUUCCGGCGAAAAAGAGGCAGACCUCCAAAGAAUAGAAUUAUUGAGAUUUGGAACGAUUACGCUGGAGGAGCUCAAUCUGAUUCUCCACAGGCAAUAUUCACUAGUUUCAAAUUACCGAAGCCCAAUCCCGGUCAGUCCAAUGAUACUGCUCCAAGUCCUUCUCCUUCGCCUUCAAGUGGAACAAAUAAUACUUCCCAGCUGGCGGAUGUUUAUGGAUUCCAGGAAUUCUCUGAAACGUGUCCGGAUCCAUUGUGCAUGUUCCGUGGAAGUCAGCAUUUCCACUGCGGACGGCCGAGGUGCUUUUUUGCGACGAAUUCCGACGAAACUUUGGUCUCUCACGCAAAAGAUUUCCAUGAAAAUAUCGACAUCAUGGAUGGAUUUUUAUUCUUCGAUAGAUGCAUUGACUGCCGAAUGGAAAGCUGUAAAAACAACAAAAUGAACCGACAUUUUCAUUGUGUUCAACCUGGCUGUGGAUAUUCUUUUGUUCAGUAUUCGAAUAUGGCCCACCAUCGUCUUCAACACUUAGGAACGUCGUCCUCUAAUCUUAGUGAAUCUCCCUCCAAAGCUGAAUGUGAUAUUAAAAUUGAACCAAAGAUAGAACCAGGCGUAGAAGAAACAAAUGAGAAAGAAAACUCCUCUCAAGAAAACUCUCAAAAUCAUAGUGUAAUAUCUAGUUCAGCGAUAGAAAAUGAAAACACCAGGCCUACAGUGGUCAAAGCAUCUGGUACUUUUUAUCCCCUGUGUGGCCUGUCAAAUAUUAGCAGUUCUUAUUCUUCACAAAACCCUCGCACUGAAGAAGAAGUUAAGAGGGAACCUGCUUCCCCGUCUCAAAAAUGGGCAUUCUCUGAUUUGGACAAACUAAAGCCUCAUAAUUUAAAACAUUCUGUCGGCACCAUUCCUCACCUGGGAAUAAAACCAGAACGUAAUAACAACGAGGAAGUUGAUGAAACAAGGAUUCCUCCUGGUCUAUCACUAGUGCCUGUACCCCAUUUUGAUCGAGACAUAUCCGCCAAUUUCCCCGGAUUCAGCGCUGCAAUGGCAGCAGCGGUUGCAAAUCAACAUCUUGCGAUGAUGACAUCACACGGACUUUCUUUCAUGCCUCCUACGAUGCCGGCACUUUAUUCCUCCCCUUCAGGUUUGAUGUUUGCGGCUCCUCCAGGUUUCAAUCCUCACCAUCCGAUGAUGACCAAUGGACUUCUGGAAUCUGCCAAAAACUCAAUGCUGGGUACAAAUGAUCAAUCUGCCGCUGAUUCUUUAUCACGAAGAUCUAUUUCUCCUCAGCAAAAUAUAAGUCCUGAGAUGAAGAAAGCUCGUGUGCAAUCUUCAAUGAGAAUGUUGAAAGAUGAACCUGUGCCGCCAGGAUACAUAAGAUUUAGAUUCAAUGAAAAUUGUCAGUAUGAUCCGUGUGGCUACCGGGAGCAUCAAACUCAUUUUCAUUGUACGCGCAAAGACUGUGGUUAUAGUUUCUGUGAUAAAACAAGAUUUGUUCAACACACUGCUCGCCACGAAAGAUUGGAUACUCUUAUGGGUGGUGAUUUUCAGCAGUACAGAGCGAGCGUGUCAUGUGGGAGACCAGACUGCACUCAUACAAGCAAUUUAGGCUCUGCUCAGAACAAAGCGGCGCAUUUCCAUUGCCUCAAGUGCGACUUUGUUUGCUCCGACACAAAUAAAGUAGUCUCACAUCGCCGUCAGCACGAAAAGAUGGAUUCAAUUUUGGCCGCUGGUUUUGAAAAAUUCACACCAUCUCGGCUAUGCAGUCAACCCGAGACAUGUCCACACUCGGGAAAACAGACACACUAUCACUGCCUGAAAUGUCAGUACGCUGUUCUGGGCCUCAGUCAAAUGACGGCCCACAAGUAUCGGCAUGCAGACUGAUUCCCAGUUCCUCACACAAAUCUGUAGGUAGUUUAUAGGGCUUUAAUUCUAGGCAAUAUUCCCUCUUCUUAUUGUUUUUUUACUUGCGAUCUACUAAAGAGUUUUAGAGAAAAGUUCUGUCCUCAAUCUGCCGGGUUUAACUUCAAGUUCUGUGUGAAUGCGAUUCAGCAAUGAAGUUUAAUAGAACAAAAGAAUAGAAAGCAGUGAGCAAUGAAGUGAUUUAAUCGCAACAAAAAAGUUUUCAGUGUAGAGUCGAAACAGCUUUACACACAUGCUUCUCUGCAUACCUGACGAUCAAAUUCUCCUGACUUUAUCAUCAAGAGAGAUAAUUUUUUCGGUAUCAAAAAUUUAUUUUUAGCGUAGUUCAUGUGCUAAAAUUCAUGAUACUUAAUGUGUGUAUGGAUGUGUGAACAACACUCUAUCAUUAUCAGUCCUUUCUAUUCCUUAAUUUUUGUAGAUAGAAUAGUUCUGCUCCGAGAAACAACAUUUUUCAAUAUGUUACACUGUAUAUCUGAAGUUUUAUUCCUAGUUUCAUCUUAAAAAGCAAGUCUUAUUCAAUAUUAUUUCAAACCCCUCCCCCCUCAAUCAUGUCUCCAUCUUCUUUUGUUGGCGUCCUCCUUACGAAUGACAAUAACUUAUCAUAUACAGAACCAAGCAGCUGGAGGACGGAUGAUAUUGUAAAUGAGUUAGGUUACCAAGUUAUACAUUUUCAGAUUUUAUUAGGCUUAUAAGAACUUUGGUCCUUGUAAAUGUUAUUUAUUUAUUUAUCAAUUCAGUUCAAACUUUUAUCAAUUAAUGUUCGUUGUCUUCUCUAAUUAAGUUGCAAACAGACAUCUUACGCUGUAGAGUCCAUCCUUUAAAAACUUAGUAUUUCAUAAUUGUAUCAGCAUUUUCCAUAAAGAUCACAAAUUACAUGAACAUUACAGAAUGUCAGGCAAUUUCUUAUAGGGUUAGGCUGAUUUUAGGUAAUUCUUCCAAUUGUACUGCCCUUCCUAUUUCAUGUGUAAAUUGCGUAAAGGACAGCAUUUAAAUAAGUUUCUCUCUUGUGUAUCUCAGGAGUUGUGAGUCAUUGUUUCUCAAACUAAGGAAUGCAACUCCAUUCUAAGGUUGCAAAAGUUUGUUGAUUUAUGUGUGUUGUCAAAAGGAAAAUCACGAGAGUUUCAAUUUGAAAUGUCAAAUAGUUUCCUGAGAAGAAUACAAUUAAUGAGGCAAAAUUUUGCAGCGCUGAAAUAUACUUACGUCCUUUUCAGAGAGAAGCGAUGAAAUUAUUGAAUAAAUAUCAUGAAAAUUGAAAUCACGGAAACUUCUUUGCUGUCAACUUGUCUAAGAGAAUUUAUGGGUGCAACUCAUUAAAUAAAGAAUUAGCUCUCUCAUAGAGGGACAUUAAAAAGUCAUUCUGAAGUCAAUAGGCUGUAGAAAAAUAAAGUUAAAUUUUGUUGGCCAUUGUAACAAGGCAAAUUUAUUAUUAUUAUCCUUAUAGUUUGUCAAAUUUUCUUUCUAAUUCAAAUGUAAUUGUUUGUUUUGUAUAGCAUUAGAUGCUCUCUUUGUCAAUAAUGUAAAAAUGUAUCACUACACAAUCAUUUUAUUUUAUUUUUGAAGAUCCUUAGUUCGUUAUUUAUGCAUAUCUUUUUUCAAUAUCAUUAUGAUUUUCUCUCUCCCCUCAUCCUGUCAGGAGAGGAUGAAGUUUUCAUUUAAGCCUUUAAAAAGUGUAAAUACAUUGAUGUAAAUGAGAAGCUUUAGAAUGUACGGAAAUAUUUUUUGCCUUAUAUCUUCUGCAUGUUUAUAGGCUCAAGUCCUGCACCCGCCUGUUUAUUUCCUUUCUUUUUUUGUAUUAAAUUAUUAUAGAACAAAUAAUUCCAUAAACUUCCAAGUUUUAAAAUUAAUUAGACUAACAUCUCAUCAUUAAUAUUGUACAUUUUUAAAUAAGUGUACCUAGGUAGUAAAAUUUGUAUGAUAGUAUGAUCGCCUUCAUCGAUUCAUGAAGGUGAAAUUUGUACACUUUUAGUUUUAGGUAAUGAUUGAGAGUGUGUUGUGUGUAUAUUUUAGUUUCUGACAAUUCAAAGAAUUAAAAUUUUUACACAAGAUAAAGAGAAACUCUCCGAUAUUGAAACCCUCCAAAUCGAUGAUUUCAAUUUUAAAUGACAUUAUUCCUCCCUCCUGCCCCCCCCAAAAAAAAAAAAAAAUCAAUAGCAAUCAGCAUCAAGCGAUACUUGAAUUAGCUGCCCCUGCUCUCUAUAUAAAUACUUAAUUAUUUUAGACUUACCUAGACAAUGUUCAUUAGUGUCUAUCAAUUUUUUUUAUCAAAAAAAAUUGUUUCCUACUUUAUUUUUGAAGGAUCUAAAAUUAAGUUAUUGAGUACCUACUUACUGGAAACAUGAUCUCCACAAAUUAGAACCUCACUUCGGACAAUUAAAUUUAAAACUUUUUUUGAUACUUAUAACUUACUUAACACCACAAGCUCUCUUCUCUUAUAAAGUAAUGCUACUGUUUCCUUGUCAAGUAUGUCUAUGAAUCACAGCCUAUAAGUUAUAAUACUCAGUUCCAUCAUUAUCGCCUCUCAUUACUCAAAGUACAUUUUCUUUUUUGGCCUUAAACUGAAGUAGGAAAUUAGGAGUUAUAGAAAAGCUACAGGCAAAUAAAACAGAUUGAAAAUGGAGCAAUUCUAUUGGUGAAAGCAAGUGGUUGGAAUGGGCGAAGGAGGUAAGGAAUAGACUCACAAA